GUGUACUGUCUCCCCUUAGAGGAUGAACAAAAUUCAGAAGAUCCAGUAGAUGUACCAGAACCAAAUGACUCCCAGCAAGAUGAUCAGAACCCUGGCCAGCAACAAAGUGAUAAGAAGAAACCUGGACCUCCAGGUGGACAGCAAGGAGGUCCUCCAGGUGGACAGCAAGGAGGUCAGCAAGGAGGCCGUCUGGGUGGUCCACAAGGAGGUAAGCAAGGUGGUCAGCAACGAGGCCAUCCAGGUGGUCCACAAGGAGGUCAGCAAGGUGGUCAGCAACGAGGCCGUCCAGGUGGUCCACAAGGAGGUCAGCAAGGAGGCCGUCUGGGUGGUCCACAAGGAGGUCAGCAAGGAGGUCGUCCAGGUGGUCCACAAAGAGGUCAGCAAGGAGGCCAGCAGGGAGGCCCUUCAGGUGGCCAGCAGGGAGGCCCUCCAGGUGCCCAGCAGGGAGGCCCUCCAGGAGGACAGCAAGGAGGUCAGCAAGGAGGCCGUCUGGGUGGUCCACAAGGAGGUCAGCAAGGAGGUCCUCCAGGUGGUCCACAAGGAGGUCAGCAAGGAGGCCAGCAGGGUGGCCCUCCAGGUGGCCAGCAGGGAGGCCCUCCAGGUGGCCAGCAGGGAGGCCCUCCAGGUGGCCAGCAGGGAGGCCCUCCAGGUGGCCAGCAGGGAGGUUCUCAAGGUGGCCAGCAGGAAGACCCUCAAGGUGGCCAGGAGGGAGACUCUCCAGGUGGCCAGUGAAGAAGUUGUUCACCCUCCCCACCCCCAAGUGCAUAAAAAAGAAGAUGGGCAUUCAGGAGGCAACCUUGAAGUCCUCACAGGGACCUGGAUGUUGGGACAGUUCUUACCUCUUGAUCUACUCCAUUGUUUCUUUACAAUACCAAUAAAUACACUAGCAAUUAAACAUUGACUCUUGCUUCUC